GGCCGGGCUGAGGCGAUGGCGGCGGCGGCAAUGGUGGCGGUGGCGGGCGGUGGCGACUUCUCGGAUCUGCGGGAGAUCAAGAAGCAGCUGCUGAGCGUGGCGGAGCGGAGCCGCGAGCGCGGGCUGCAGCACAGCGGGAAGUGGGCUGCUGAACUUGCAUUCGCCCUGGAUCCACUGCCGCUGAGUGAGCUGCCGCCUCCCCCUGUGCUCACCGAGGAGGAUGCUCGUGAUCUGGAUGCCUACACAUUAGCCAAGUCUUACUUCGAUCUCAAGGAAUAUGACAGGGCUGCCUACUUUUUACAGGGCUGCAAAAGCCAGAAAGCUUACUUCUUGUACAUGUACUCCAGAUACCUGUCAGGGGAAAAGAAGAAGGAUGAUGAGACAGUUGAUAGUUUGGGACCUUUGGAAAAAGGACAGGUGAAAAAUGAAGCUCUACGAGAAUUGAGAGUUGAGCUCAGCAAGAAACACAAGGCACAGGAACUGGAUGGAUUUGGCCUUUAUCUAUAUGGUGUUGUGCUGCGGAAACUGGACCUGGUGAAAGAAGCAAUAGAUGUGUUUGUUGAAGCUGCUCAUGCACUGCCUUUGCAUUGGGGAGCCUGGCUGGAACUUUGCAACUUGAUUACAGAUAAAGAGAUGUUGAAGUUCCUGUCCUUGCCAGAUACAUGGAUGAAAGAGUUCUUUCUUGCACACAUUUAUACAGAGCUGCAGCUGAUAGAGGAAGCUCUGCAGAAGUAUCAGAGUCUCAUUGAUGCAGGAUUUUCCAAAAGCACUUAUAUCAUCUCUCAGAUUGCAGUUGCUUACCACAAUAUAAGAGAUAUUGACAAAGCUUUAUCCAUCUUCAAUGAGCUGAGGAAACAAGAUCCUUACAGGAUAGAAAACAUGGACACUUUCUCCAACUUGCUCUAUGUAAGGAGCAUGAAGCCUGAGUUGAGCUACUUGGCUCAUAAUCUCUGUGAGAUAGACAAGUACCGUGUUGAGACCUGCUGUGUAAUCGGAAAUUAUUACAGCUUGCGUUCCCAACAUGAAAAAGCAGCACUCUAUUUCCAGAGAGCGUUGAAACUGAAUGCUCGUUAUCUAGGAGCCUGGACACUUAUGGGACAUGAGUAUAUGGAAAUGAAGAACACAUCUGCAGCUAUCCAGGCUUAUAGGCAUGCAAUAGAGGUGAACAAAAGGGACUACAGAGCAUGGUAUGGCUUAGGACAAACCUAUGAAAUCCUCAAAAUGCCAUUUUACUGUCUCUACUACUACCGGCGGGCCCACCAACUCAGACCAAAUGAUUCUCGUAUGCUGGUUGCUCUAGGAGAAUGCUAUGAGAAACUCAAUCAGUUGGUGGAAGCUAAGAAGUGCUAUUGGAGAGCCUAUGCUGUGGGAGAUGUGGAGAAAAUGGCACUUGUGAAACUUGCCAAGUUGCAUGAACAGCUGAAUGAAUCUGAACAGGCAGCUCAGUGUUACAUCAAAUACAUCCAGGAUAUCUAUUCCUGUGGGGAGGUAGUGGAGCACCUGGAGGUCAGCACUGCAUUUCGUUACCUCGCCCAGUACUACUUCAAAUGUAAACUUUGGGAUGAAGCCUCAGCAUGUGCUCAGAAAUGCUGUGCCUUCAAUGAUACUAGAGAAGAAGGAAAGGCCCUGCUGCGCCAGAUCUUACAGCUUCGCAACCAAGGAGAAACAUCAUCCACAGAUGUUGCUGCUCCCUUUUUCCUUCCUGCAUCCUUGUCAGCCAACAACACUCCCACACGUCGUGUCUCCCCUCUCAAUUUGUCUUCUGUUACACCAUGAGCAAUUCUGAUACUUCUAACUUGUGCAUUGGAUGUGACACUGCAGAUGGGGCAUGCAAUCAUUUACUUCUUUCUAGGGAAAUUCCUCCUUUUGUUGUUGCCCUCACGUGAAAGGUAGGAGAGUUCAGUUAGCAGAGUUCACAGGUGAAGACAGAUGGGCCCCAACAGACAAAGGGAAGCCUGAUGUGAAAGUGCCUGUGCUGCAAUGUGAGAACCUGCUCUACUUCUCACCAAGUCGUUCCAGUCAGAGGGCAGACAUGCCGCACUACACAGGACUACUCCUAAGUAAGUCACUGGGAAGAGCUUGUCUGCUUGAUUUAAAAUACAUAUUACGUUUGAUUCUCCCAGGUUACCUCUGGUCUUUACUACACUUCUUUGGAUGACCUCGUAGUGUUAUCACUGCUGUCCUCACCAGAGACGGGUACCUACCUGUCUACUUAAUGACUUUUUCUUGUCUUGAACUAUGUAGGAAACGUUUCACUAAAGCAGUAGAAAAGGUACUUAGAGAUAGGUCCCAUGGGGAUGGUAAA